GCUAUGCAAACUACGCAACACACAUUUUACGCGCAAAGUUUAGCAAAAGGAAGAACAUUCUUUGACGCCCACCUUCUCGUCGAAGUAGACAUGCGGGACAAGAUGAGCUUGAUAAGCCUCCUGUGGUUAACAAGUCUACCACUUUUUGUCCUCUCAGCUACGUGUCCCAGUCCGACGGCCUCCGGGGUGCAGUGGGACGCUGCUACCGGUCGCGUCACGUGGGCCGCGAGCGCCGGGGCUCUGCGCUGCGUGCGGGGCUACCAGGUCUGCUGGGCGGCUGUGGGCACCACCAGCAGCAGGCAGUCAUGCGAGCUGGUGUCCACCGCAGCGGGUGGCGCGAACCUGUCGGGACUCGCCCCGUGCCAAAACUUCUUGGCGAGCAUCACCGCCGUCAACUGGAAUGGCCUGACGAGCGCACCCUCCUCCCUCCGCAGAACCACAGGUACCGGGGCGCCACAGAUAACGACAGUGUCUAUGACCCAGCUGGACCCCAACACGACGGUGCUGACCUGGCCCACCAUGUCUUCCUACUCCUGCGUAAAGGGUAUCAAUUUCUCGCUGUGCGACAGCUCGGGUUGCUGGAACUCGAGCCUGAGCAGUGACAUGUCUUCGCUUGAGCUCACUGAAUUGGUCCAGUGCCGUGUGUACUACCUGAGAAUAGGCACAGUGGGCGUCGGCCCUACUUUCACGCCCAAAACUUUCAGGAUACAACUCGGCGCUCUCAACGUUCUGGCCAGCGCGAAGGCGAGGAACGUGACCCAUCAGUCGGCGAACAUCUGGUGGCUGGUGUCUGGUGCCAGGAACGUCUCAUGCAGCUCCAGGAGGCUGAGGCUGUGCUACAAGGCGAGCGGCGGCCAGGCGUCCGCGGUCUGCAACAGCAUCGACCUGGGCCAGACGAGCGCCAGCGGCUCCAUGACCCUGCAGCGCCUCGACACCUGCACCGCGUACAUCGCGGUGCUCAGGCUGGACACCAGGAGCGCGAACAACAACAGGACGGUGUCCUUCGUCACUCCGCUGACUGUGGGCUCGCUGCGCAUGGCGGUGAGGGAGGUGACGAGCAGCAGCGCGCUGGUCGUUUGGUCGGUGCACGCCAACAGGACGGACUGCGGGCCGGCCAACGUGGUGCUGUGCCUGUCCAGGGCCGACAACAGCUCCUCGCCCAAGUGCGGCGGCAGGUGGCAAGGGCUCGCGGCCAGCUCAAGACUGGUGGGACUGCAGGCCUGCACGGACUACCGCGUGCACUUGGUCGUGAUGACCCACACGCGCCCUUGGCCCAUCAGGACUCAGCGGCUGGUGACGGCGAGUCAAGGAUCGAAGAAAGCGUUGGCGUCCGUUAAGCUGUCGGCGACACGGGAUCGCAUCGACGUCACCUGGGUGGUGGCGAACUCGAGCGCCGGCUGCGUCCAUGGGUUCAACGUGACCUGGAGCGCGGCAGGGGGCGGCGGGGGAUGGAGCGCCGUGGACCAGCGGUGGGACAACUUCACCAUCUCCCCCGUCACCGCAGGCCUCCUCUACAGCGUGGGCGUCGAGGCUCAGCUCGUCGGCGGCACGUCGUACAAGCUGUCCUCCUGGGUGACCACGUCCGGUUCAACGAGGAAUUUUUCAACAUCAAUUAAUGUUUUACCAAUGCUAAUAGUUAUUGCAUUUAUUUUCAGUUCUGAAAUAAAAUAAAACAUAGCAUACAUAAAA